AGAUAUACCGGUGACUUCAUACAAACCAGCUCUGAAGAAAUUUCCCAGCUCCUCUCAUCGCUUCUCGAACAACAUCGAAGUGGAUAACUCCUCCCUAGCAAAAUGUACAGAAAUGAAGAACAUGUGGACGCCUUGUGAGUGUCACCUAGAGUUGUGCAUAGGCUGGUACCCCUGCGGUCUAAAAUACUGCAAGGGGAAAGGUCAAUCGAGAAACUCGGUCAUGAGCUACAGGUGCGGCAUAAAAACCUGCAAAAUAUGCCACCUAUUCGCGUACUAUGUGUCGCAAAAGCAACAGUGUCUCUGGGACGAAUGACCUUAGUAAACGGAACUUGUACAGAUUUGCAUUCUUGCCUUAAAUUCGCUUCAAAAGAUGGACCAAUCUGCCUUAGUGCUAUAGAGUAAUUAUUGUAAAUGAUUUGAUUUUCUUAUUCGGGUUGAAUGUGUGGACAUUACUCAAGUGGAUGUUGCAGAUGCAGUUGAAAAUAGGGAAAUCAGGGUUUUGAAGAAAAAGCUUUUGAUAUAAUGAGUUUGAAAAUAGAGAGACUAGAUUUAGAAUCAGAAUGAGUUUUACAUAUUUUGUAUUGACUAUCUGUGAGAACUAACUUAAUGUAAUUCGUACCUACUUUUAAGUAAAUACAUUAAUUUCAGUAAUAAGUUGAA